CGCCAUCUGGCGUUAGCCUAAGAAACGGUAACACAUAAAUAAAGAAAGAUAUUUGUAUACCGACAUAAUUCUAAGAGGAGAUUGCACGUACUGGUUGUUUGCUAGUUCAUUUGCUUGGUGUUAUUAUCUUGAUUUACAAGAUGAUCACAGUUUUACUUUUGGCUGUAUCGUUGGUGGUCCAGACGACAUGGUGUGCGCCCAAGGACUUCAGCGCUGCUUUGGGCAAGUCCAUUUUGUUCUACGACGCCCAAAGGUCAGGUAAACUUCCGGCCAACAACCCCAUCCAUUGGAGGGGAGACUCUGCCCUCCACGACUGUGUGGUGGGGGGUUGGUACGACGCUGGGGACCACGUUAAGUUUGGUCUUCCCAUGUCGUCGUCGUCUACUCUCCUGCUGUGGUCUAUGAUCAGGUUCAAAGACGGUUACACCAAGGCCGGUCAGCUGAACCAGGCCUACGACAUGAUCAAGUGGCCACUUGACUACUUCCUCCAUGCCUGGAACCCAUCGACCAAGCAGCUGGUCGUGCAGGUGGGGGACGGUAACGCUGACCACGCCUUCUGGGGACGUCCUGAAGACAUGACCAUGGCAAGACCUUGUCAGACCGUCAGUGCUUCAAACAAGGGAAGUGACAUAGCAGCUGGGACAGCCGCGGCUCUGGCAGCUGGAUCUAUUGUGUUUAAAGCCAAAGGUGAUACGGCUUACGGCAACCAGCUCCUUUCAGCUGCUGAGAGUCUUUAUGCUUUUGCUAAAGCCAACAGGGGAAUAUUCCAUGGGUCCGCCCAGUUCUACUCGUCUAGUGCGGACAAGGACGAGAUGUGUGAGGCCAGUGCCUGGCUGUACCGGGCCACCAAGAACGCCAAUUACCUGAACGACGCCAAGACAUUUGUGGAGGAUGCCUGGGCCUGGGCACUGGGCUGGGAUGACAAGAAAGUCGCCUGCCAACUAAUCCUGUUCGAAGAGACACACACUGCCCACUACAAGGACGCCGUGGUUGGUUUCCUGGAGAGUUGGAUGCCCGGCGGUGGAAUCACGUACACGCCUUGUGGGUUGGCGUGGAGAGACAAAUGGGGAGCCAACAGGUAUGCCGGAAACACCGCCUUUGUGGCACUGCUGGCUUCAGAGGCCGGGAUCAACCCCGCCAAAUACCGGAAGUGGGCUGUCGAACAGAUCAACUACCUCCUCGGUGACAACCACCACGACGGUGGAUGUUACAGUUUCCAGAUUGGAUAUGGAUCAAAGUAUCCACGUCAACCUCACCACAGAGGUGCAUCUUGUCCAAAUCGUCCCGCUCCCUGUGGUCAAGCACAACUAACCGCCUCAGGACCAAGCCCCCAGACAUUAACCGGCGCACUUGUGGGAGGACCUGAAGCGAACGAUAACUACCACGAUGUGAGAACGGAUUACGUGUUGAACGAGGUAGCAACUGACUAUAACGCUGGUUUCCAAGGAGCUCUUGCAGGAAUCGUCCAUCUCGAGGCUGCCAACAACUUACCCGCCACCAACAACAAAUGCCCAUGUACCGCUACUGGUUGAUAAUGCAGAAGUACUUGCCGAUUCGUUUGUUGAAAAAAAUAAAGUAACAAAUGGUU